AUGUGUACCUGAGUAUCAACUAUGAAAAAAAAAAAAAAAAAAAAAAAAAAAAUAAUGGAGAGCAGAGCAAAAUCUGCUUAUGUUAUCAAAAUUGGCAAGUGGGGAUGCUCUAAUAACUUUGAUCAUGCAUGGAAUUUUCAUCACCAUGGAAUAAUUUCUCUGUUUGGUUCCUGUGAAGUGUCAGUUGCCAUUCCUCAAUACUCUCUCUAUUCUUUUUCUGUGAAAGACUAAUAAAAUUUCAUUUCUCUCUCUCCUUCUCAACAAUAAAACCAAUUAACUCUGAUACGCAUCUCUGUGUCUCCAAUUUUCCUUUCCAUCGCAAACCCUAGACCCAAUUGUGUCAGAGUCCAUUUUCAACCGUAUAGAGACUCCUACUUUCUCACUCUAGUCUCCUAAUCAUUCUCGACACUUGCACACCAAUGGAGAACAUUAUUCUUCUGGGUAAAUACAACAAAUGGAGAACUUGCUAACUGGAGAUUUCAGGAAUAGGGCUGAAACGGAAAUAGCUGAAAUGAGGAGGAAGAAUGUUAUGUCAGUGGACCUUGCAAUCCAAAGAGAGUUGGCAUAUUGGAAGAAACUAAAAAGUUUGCAAUUGCUUGCAGAUGUUGUCCCUAUGCCUUUGCAUGUGCCAUCUUCAAUUCCAAGUCCAAGUCCAUUGCGGGGAAGAAAUUGGGAUUCAAACUCAAGUUUGAAUCUGGUUCCAAGUUCAUCUAGUCCAAGGCUGUCAUCAACUCCAAGUCGGAAUACAAGUUCAAGACCAGGGCCAAGUUCAAUUUCAAGUGCAAGUCUGGUUCAGGGUCCAUUAUAUCAGGUGUCAUCUUCAAGUUCCCGUCCAAGUCCAUGGCUGGCACAAAAACAUAUUUUAAGCUCAAGUUUGAGUCUGGUUUCAAGUCCAUCUAAUCUGGCUCCAUCUUCAACUUUAAAUCCGAGGCCAGCGCUAGUUCCAAGUCGGAUUCUUAGUUCUAGACCAGGGCGGAGUCCAAAUCUGGUUCAGAGUUCAUUCAAUCAGGUGUCGUCUUCAAAUUCUAGUCCAUCUUCAAAUUUAAAUCCGAGGCUACCACUGGUUCCAAGUCGGAUUCCAAGUCCAAGACUGGGGCAACGUUCAAAUCCUAGUCCAACUCCAAGACCAUUGCCAAAACCAGGUUACAUUCGAGGUCCAAGUUCAUGGAUGAGGCCAAGGCCAAGUCUGUCAAGCACAAAGAGAAAAGCAUCAACUUGCAACCUCCAACGGCUCCCACCUCAACAGCCGAGACCAUCUCACAGUAAUCACAUUAAAACAGAUCAAGAGGGGCUAUUCAUUUGCGAUUCCUGCAAAGUGCCAUGCUCAGGUGCCUUGAAUUUCAAGCAGCACCAAAAAGGUCAAAAGCACAAGGCUAAACUGCAACAGUUGCAGCUGAGCAGGGAAGAGGACAAGGAGGAAAAAGAUCUUCGACCAUGGUGUGAACUAUGUCAAAUUUGGUGCAUAGAUGAGGAUUCGUUGCAGAUGCACCUAAAAGGUCAAAACACCAGGCUAAACUACGACAGUUGCAAACUAUGUCAAAUUUGGUGCAUAGAUGAGGAUUCAUUGCAGAUGCACCUAAAAGGUCAAAAACACCAGGCUAAACUACAACAGUUGGAAAUUGGUAAGAAAAAUGGUGGAGAUCAUCCAUGGUGCGAACUAUGUCAAAUAUGGUGCAUGAAUGAAGAUGCAUUUGAGCAACAUCUCAAGGGCAAAAAUCAUGUCACUCGGCUUUAUGCUACUGGGAAUUAGAACAAGAGUGCUAAAACUGGAAUUGGAGAUGAUCCAGUGAACUGAAAGAAAGCUGCUUAUGUAUCAUUUCUUUUGCCUAAGUUCCACACACGCAUGCGCACGUACACAAUGAAAAGCUGCAGAUUUCCUAGGACAUUUUAUAUACUCUCAUAUUUAUAUACAGCUUAUUUCACUAUUUUACGUAUUUUACAGAUAGUGAGUAUGACAAAAUUUGCCCUUGUGUUAAUUCUCUUGAAGUUUUAUGGAACUAUUUUUUCUUUUCUUCAA